CGAUUUAAUUCACAAUUUGUAUAAGUCAGGGGCGGUAACAAAUGUCACUCGACUUCUUUAUGUAUUCUUGUUGAUCGUCAGUUGUCAAGUACAUCAAUUGUAGUAUUACUUAAUAUAUAAAGUUAAAUUAAUCAUGGCAAUAGUAAAAAUUAUAUUUUUACAAAAUUAUUUAUUAAUUAAACAAAAUAAAUUCUAAAAAUAAUGUACAGAUCCGUUUCAUCCUUAUUCAAAAUAGAGCUGGAAAAACAAGAUUAGCAAAAUGGUAUAUGAAUUUUGAUGAUGAUGAAAAACAAAAAUUAAUAGAAGAAGUCCAUGCAGUAGUAACUGUACGAGAUGCUAAGCAUACAAACUUUGUAGAGUUUCGUAAUUUCAAGAUUGUAUAUAGAAGAUAUGCUGGUUUAUAUUUUUGCAUUUGUGUUGAUGUUAAUGAUAAUAAUCUCUGCUAUCUAGAAGCAAUACAUAAUUUUGUUGAAGUAUUAAAUGAAUACUUCCAUAAUGUGUGUGAAUUGGAUCUUGUGUUUAAUUUUUAUAAGGUAUAUACAGUUGUAGAUGAAAUGUUUUUAGCAGGAGAAAUAAGGGAAACUAGUCAAACAAAAGUACUGAAACAGCUCUUGAUGUUAAAUUCAUUGGAAUAAAAUUAUUUAAUGUUAUUUAAUUUUAUUAUGAAAAUAUAUAACAAAAAUGUAAGAAAAAUAAAAUAUAUUAUGAACAAAAAA